UUCGAAACGAUUCGGGUCGCUGUGGGUUCGGUUAUGACGCGCGCGUUCUCGAAGUAUAAUACCUACAUAGUCAGGUUCUGCCACACAAAUUGUGGUCCUCUUAUCCUGUUUUCGGUUCGCAUAUGCUUUAAAGCGGAGUGAGGUCACCGCAAAGCCGAGGUGAUAGCCAAGGCGUGACAACGAAUGGUCGCGUGUGCAUUCCGACAGUGUGACAUAAAGGGAUAAUAAACAAACAAAAAAAAACUACAUUUUUGCAACGGUUGUUAGAUCCUGUGGAAUUGGUGCAACGAAGGUGACACGAAGGAUAACGCAACAAGCAAACUGCAGCAGAGCACAAAAAAGUGUGUAGAAACAAGUUGUCGCAAAAAUAGCAAUGCUAAUAAACGUUAGCUCACCUGACAGGAGUGGAUUCGGGGUGUGCGGUAUUUUUUUUUGUGAGUGGAAAGUUCAACUCGGUCACCCAAGGGUAAUCGAUUAGUGCUGAAGUGCCUACCGGGCUAGAAGUGUGCUACGUAGUGCAGAGGAUAAAUUAUGUCAGGAUAACUGGAUUACUGAUGGUUCGCUAAGCCGCUGUUGCCGCUGUCCCUAUUUUUGGGGGUAAAUAGUGAGACAGUGGGAGGUGGGAGGCUGUGCUGCAGCAGCCAAUUCAAAGUGAUAGCAUGUGUGGUACGAGCUGGAAUCACCGCUUCCUCGCUGUCACUGGUGUAUGUGUGCCGUGAUUUAUCCAGCGUAAAUCGUUGUGAUUGAUUUAGUUUGCGCCGCCACAACGCUUGAAUUGCAAUAUUAAAUGAAUAAUUGAAUCGAUUUCGAGUCGAGUGAGUGCAAAAAAAUGGGAAAACAAAUCGAAUGAUUAAUUGGAUUUCAGUGCAGUGGAGAAAAAAGGUGUCCGAGCUAAUGAAUGUUAUUUGUGUGCUGUAUCGCGAGGAAGUGUUGACGCAAAUAUAAUACCGUCUGUAAUCGAGUGAGCAAACGAUACAUGCUAACACGCCGCAAAACGCGUCGCAUCCGUUGCCGCGAUUGAAUCUACAGGCGAAAAUUACGGUGCACACAAGUGGAAAAUUAAAAGCGAAUGCAAAACGCGGGUUUGGCAAAUACAAAGAAUGACCUACCUGCUGCUGCCGAUGCCGGAAAUCGGCACUGAAUGAUCGGCACCCCGCUGGUGGCCACUCGGUCUGGGUGCGACAUAUACUACUGCUGUCUACGGUGCAGAGAGCAGUAACGGCCAGUGAAGUGGAAAAAUCAUUCACAGUGAAUUAUUCAGUGGACACCGCGUGAACAGAUGCUCUCUGCGUGCACCAUUACGGCCGGGACCGGGACCGAGCAUCUAGGUUAGUGGAUUGCUGGUGCCACCGGUAGCGGAGGAGGACUCAAUCGGAACAAACAAUCGUUAACAGGAAUAUUGACGGAUUGGUUGGCCUACGGGCGGGCGGUCGAUUAGUAGAUUCGAGCGAUAAUAAACUCCGCACGUAGGAAAUCCGUCCUUAGGCAAGAUUCCGCGGCCGGAGUCGUCGAUCGACUGGCUUUAACUUGAAAGUGGAUUCCCAAACCAGCACAACCGGCAGACCGAGGACAGCAGACGAGGGGAUUUAUUUUAAUCAACCACGACGACGCAUAAAUCGGGUGUCACAUUUCCAUCUAUUGAAGCCGAGUCUUCGGGAAACUUUGGCGAAAUCGGAAUGAAUAUUCAAAAGCAACGGACCACUGCCGCAGCAGUGGUAAGCCCAACAGUGUAGUGUGUAUUGAGAGGAAGCAAGAAAAAAUCCCGAAUCCUGAACCCUAAUGGAGCUUUAAUCAUCCGUGGUGGAUACGAAGGAUUUGCCAGUCCCUCUGCUGGCUACCACCACUCCGACCGGACUGACGUUCGAUCUUGGGCGAGAGAUUUAGAUACAAAGAUGUGAUUGUGUUAUUAAUUUAGUCGCAAAACACAGAAAAAAAAGUGAGUGAGUGAAAACUCUUCGGAGUAACUUUUGAAAUCGUUUCCUGUCGAAAAACGAAAGUGCGAAGUUCCGGUCACUGGCUGGAUUACGCAGUGCCAGGCACGUGCGAAUGGAAUUGUAUGGAUAUGUUUCAGCAGCCUACGGUGGUCGUGAAAAAGCGUAAGAAAAAAGUAUCAUUAAUUACCAUCUAGCGGAAAAGCCGUUGUAGUGCGUGGGUAGUGAAAAAGAAAACCGAAAAAAAAAACAACAACAACAACAAAACGAAAUCCUUGGCCAAUUCCAAGGUCGACCAAGCUCGCGCGAGGGGUCAGAGAAAAGCAUAUUAAAUCAUCACUCCUAGUCCUAGUCUGGAUGUGAUUUGAGUUGUUUCGUUAUUUUUCUGCUUUUACUGCGGGAAAGAAAAAAGUCCGAAAGCGUGGAUGUGUUUGUGAGGUGAAAGGAAAGCAGCCACACGAGGGAAGAAGUGAAUAAUGGCAGAAUACGUGACAAAGCAGUAUUAUUAUUUAUGGAUUGUCGUUUGGAUCGUCGGGAUGCUGGACCUGGGCGAAGUGAGCCGGGGGAGUGCCCAGGGCAGCUCUCUAGUGGAAGCCAGCUCCGUCAUUGGCGAUGAAAACGGUCCCCUGUUCGAAGUACAAACAGCUGUCGGGCUAGACGUGUCACUUCCGUGCGAUCUGCUGCCGACGACGAUGACGAUGAUGACCGACAAGGUGACCCUGGUCAUCUGGUACAAGGAAGGCAACAGCAAGCCAAUCUACUCAUUCGACGCCCGGGGAAAAAGCCUGCAGCAGGCGAUUCACUGGUCGGACGAGGCGGUACUCAAGUCGAAGGCGUACUUCUACUACGAAACCAAUCCACCGGCGCUCCGGAUAAAGAACAUCAAACAGGAUGAUGCCGGUUUGUACAGAUGCCGGGUGGAUUUCCAGAAGUCGCCAACGAAAAACUGUCGGAUAGAUCUGGACGUGUUGGUGCCACCGUCGAAGGUGACCGUCCUGGACGAGCAGGGAGCGGCCGUGCAGAACAAUCUGGUCGGUCCGUAUCGGGAAAAUGCCGACAUCAAUCUCACCUGCGUGUCCAGCGGGGGCAUCCCAACGCCGAAGGUGACCUGGUGGAGGGAGCACGCCCUACUGGACGAUUCCUUCCUGGUGCUCCCGGAUGGAACGGUCAAAAACGUUCUCUACCUGGAGAAACUGACCCGGAGCGAUUUGCAUUCGGUUUACACGUGCCAAGCUAGUAACGGACAUGUGGUGCCUCCGCUGUCCACUGCUGUUAAGUUAGAUAUGAAAUUGCCACCACUAUUCAUCAGCAUGCAGGGCCUACGGGAUACCUUGACAGCUGGGAUCAAGACACAGGUCUCCUGUCUCACCGCGGGCAGCCGACCAGCGCCGAGCAUCGUAUGGAACAAGGGCGCAUCCAUCAUUCGGGGAUCGUCGCAAACGACAUCCAACGAUGGUAACGUGACCGUGUCGGAGCUGGUCUUCGUGCCCGGACCGGAAGAUAAUGAAAAAUCAAUUACAUGCUCAAUUAGCUAUACCGAAUUCGGGGGCCCGGCGAUCCAUCUCAAAGAUUCCCAGGUGCUGGACGUCAAACACGUUCCGGUGAUAUCGCUGUCACUCGGAGCACCACUCAACUCCCAGAACCUGAUGGAGGGAUCGGACGUGUAUCUGGAGUGCGACAUCAAAGCGAACCCACCGGCAAAAAAGAUCGAAUGGUUUCAUAAUAGCAAACUGCUACAGCCCGCACGCGGCAUAAUCAUCUCCAAUCAGACCCUGGUGCUGCAGACCAUCACAAAGGCGACCCACGGCGAAUACAUGUGUCGGGCGGCCAACACGCUCGGCACCGUCAACAGCAAUCAACUCUAUUUGGAUAUCAAAUAUCCGCCGGUUUGCAAAUCCGAGACACAAAUAAUACGUGCCGCUGUUAAGCAAACAGUUAACAUCACUUGCGAUAUCGACGCUAAUCCGAUGCCCAACCUGCUCUUCCGGUGGCAGUUCAAUAACUCACUGGAAAGCCUGCAGGAAUUACCCCCGUAUACGAAUGCCGCCGAAUUGGAAUCGCAUCAUCAGCUGGUACAGGCCGAGACCGAACUAGGAGCCCACGGGGACCGCCCCCAUCACCAUCACCAUUCGUCGCCAUCAUCAUCGUCAUCCUCGUCGCCAUCCUCUUCCACCGGUAAUCACUUGAUCGGACCGAACCUGGAGGAAAUGGUACGCCGGAAGCUCGAAAGGCAGCAGCAACCCCCAAAGCCGGCUCUGGUCGACGGGCAGCUCUACCUGUACCGGAUCGAGUCAUUCACCAACUUCGGAACGAUCACCUGUACGGCCACUAACACCUACGGGCAGAGUGGCCACUGCCUCUAUCAUAUCCUAGUGGCAGAUGUACCUGAUCCAAUUAAAAGUUGCACAAUAUCAAAUGUGACCGCUUACACGGUGCACGUGUCAUGCAUCGCCGGCAAGGAUGGAGGCAUUCCGCAGCAGUUCCACGUUGACAUUUUCGACGAACACACGAAAAAGCUCCUCUUCAGCAUCACGUUCCACGGUCCGGAGAUGCUGCUUAAAAAGCUUCCCAGCGAUACGAAGUUCAUCAUCAAGAUCACACCAUUCAACCUCCAGGGAACGGCCCCCACCAGCUACCGUGUCAAAGCGCAGACACUACCGGCACCACUGCUGCGCACCGCACCGUCGAAAGCCGUCCUCGUUCAACUGACGCCACUGCUGGGAGCGCUUGUCGGGGCAGCCGUGACACUGUUCCUUGUCGCCAUCUGCAUCAUCAUUUUCGUCAAGUUCAAAACGAAGAAAAAGCACCACCAGGCGGUGACGACCGAACAGGACAAAGGCAGUGCGGAACCGCUCAGCCGGAACAUCGGCAGCCAUUCCAGUAUCGACGACAAGAACCCGGACGUGAUACCGCACGAGAACAGCGAGGACGACGAGGAAAAACAGUUCGAGCGGCUAACGUUGGACACGGAACGGCUCAAAUUCCCCCAACCGGUGGCGGUGAACUUUUCGCCGCCACAUCUGUCACCCACGGGGAAUGGAUUGAAGAAGUUUGGUGAACUUUCACUGACAACCAAUCCGAGUUACGCGAUUUACAGCUCGCCAAUCCGGGGCGUCUACAGUAGCACCUGUAAUCCGGCUGGUGCAACCGCAACGACCGUGCUGCCAGCGCGGACAACCUCGCCGAACAUCUACACAAGACUGCCUUUGCGGGAUUUCACACCCAGCACGUACGAAAGCAUGCUCAGCUCAUCCCAGACGUCAUCAUCGUCCGGUGGCUGUGGCGCUGGCACUGGAAGCAGUGGCUACGCGACAUCACAAAUCUACACCGCCAAAAUGCCCCUGCUGACGACCAACUACGCCGAGCUGGCAUCACUGGACAAAUGAUAGCAGUAAGCAGGCGGAUUACGCAAAAUCGGCUUCCACAUGACAACCGUGAUCGCGUAUUGCGGUGAAAUAUUCAUGUCCCACACCUUUCCCCCUUCCUCCCUGAAUCAGCCCACAAAAAGUCAAUUGGAACAAUGCAGUUCGGGCUUCCCUAGUUCACAUCCAUGCAGGAAUCUUCUUGCCAUACGAAUAGUGUGUAGAUUGCGCUAGCCACAUCAUUCAUCGUUCACCACAAACCUAGUUAGGGUCUGUAGGUAUGCUUAUAAAAGAAAGAAGAAGAAAAAAACAAUAACUGAUCGAUAUUGUCUACAUGAAAAGAUCUUGUACAUAAUUUAAGUUCCGUUCUACUUAUUAAUAUUAUAAUCUGAACCGGUAGCUAAAUAGUGUAGCUAAAUUAUUGUUGAAAGGGAAUCAAAUGGCUUACUGUUGGGGUUGCUAACAACUGCAAAUCAAGAGAAGAGGAAGAGAGGGAUUUUAUGCGAAAUCAUCCAUCCGUUGGCUCUCAGAUUUCAGUGGAACUGUGUGAGUUUAGUGAUAUCGGUAAUUCAUAAAACUUUUCAAUUUCAAAAUUUCACCCAAAAAGUUUCUUUCGGAGAGGUGAUUUUUUUUUACUUUUUUGAAACUUUAAUGACUCAAAAGUUAUGAAAUUUCCAGAAUUUGGACACAUAGUGUUCUCAUCGCACUGUUUGAAAUUUCCAAAAAUGUGUUACUUACUAAACACUUACUACUUACUAAAAAUUUAAUGCAUUAUAAAACAAUCCCUUUUUCCAAUUCUUUUUAUUUUUGUCAUAAGAGCUGUCCAAAUGCUGCCAGCUGUACAAAUUUAAAACCACCGGGUGAAGUAGAAUAUACUAUUUGAGCAUUUUCAGAUAGAUUUUGAGAACGUUAGCAACAUGUAAUCGAGAGUUGUCGCGCAAAAAAAUCACUUUGCCUUUUCUUAUAUUGUGAUCAUUUUCCUUUGCCGCUUGGCUCAAAUGCAUCAUUUGUUAGUAGGUUUUUAGAUGGUUUCACCUCCAUUUCUGCAUUCAUUUUUUCUUAGAUUUUGAAAUCGCCAUUUUUGAAGCGUUAAAACCGGCAACUCCUUUCACUUAUGAAAUCUUCACUUGGGCUGAUAAUUUUCACUGUAAGCAAUAGAUAUUCAGUGAAAUUGAAAACUGAAGAAUUUGAAUUUUCAACGAACGAGCAAAAAAUGAAAAUCACGUUCGGUUUCAGUUGAGUGUGGUAAUGUUGGCUGUGAGCACUUCUGUGAUUUCACCCACACUUUAUUGCAGCGGUGUUUAAAGGAAUGGUAUAAAGGAAUGAAAUUGAUGUAUUGAUUCAUUAUGUUAAUUUAGUACGGUACACCUCCCCACUUUUUGGAGAAUGGUUUAACCAUUCGAAAAAAAAAGAAAAGAAAUAUAAAAAUGAAAUAGAACAAAUCGAAAAAUAGUUUCGAUGCCGGAAGACUUAAAAAUGCAUAAAACGUUGAAAUCUGAUGUUAUCUCGAGAAAAAUAUUACGCCGAAAAUCGUCUUUCAUGACCGUUUUUUUGGUAACCGAGAAUUUAACAUGGAAUAUUCUGGAAUUGGCUCCUAACAUGACUCACAACUCACGCCAAAUGAAAUGAAAACAACUUGAAUGUUCAUGAGGCAUCUUAACCAAUUCCCGCUCAUGGUGACUCUAGAGCACCAAGAAUUGUAAAGACUAUACCCCGACAAAAAAUGAAUUAUUUUAAAUUCUUUUUUCUACAAAAUCUUGCAUUUCUAAUGUACUUUUAACUUGGCAUAUCAAAUGUCAGCUUGAUUCAAUGUUUGAACUGUUAUCAAGAAAACUACAGGAGAAAGUCCGAAUUUUACGAUAAAAAAAUAAUGUGUGUUUUUAGCAACUGUUUUUCUAUAACAUUCAUUAUUCGUUUUUAUAGUAAAAAUAACUUUUACGUAGAUCUAUUGUUCAUUGAGUGUAACGGUCCAUAAAAUUAACAAUUUUUGUUCUUGUUCACUUGUUCCAUAAGUUUUAAAAUGGUGCCUCAGAGCACCACUGGGCAUACAGGAGACAAAAAAAAACCGAUGGCCCUAAAUAAACUAUAUAUCUGAUUUCAUAUUUUUGCUGGCCGUUCUUCUCACUACGUGGUGAUUCCAGUAGGGAAUGAAUCAGAAGCUUAUGAGAUGGGAAGCGACAUCGAAGAUGAAGUCGCUAUGUUUGCGAUAGAUCCAUUACCAGAUGAAGUUCAUGAGUAUUUUCCGAGACAAGCGAGGCAGAAGUAGAGACACCAGCAAAACGGGCCAAGAAAGAAAUGAAAGUGGGUCUAAACGCAUUGAAAGCGGACCAAAAACGAAAACUUACCAUUUCUGGGAAGAGGUUCAAGCCAAAAUCUAGGUACAUGACAACUCAGAGAUGAAGAAAAGAGGAGAACUCGGAUAUGACAAGCUCUUCAAAAUUCGUCCUUUCAUCGAUGCAGUGAGAGCCAAUUUUCUAGCCUAGAAAAUUCCUUACUCAAUAAAAAAUAAAUCAUCAAAUAGUCAUAAACUAAGUUUUUUUUCCAAAACUACAUUGUUUUCAUUAUUUUCUAUAGUAUUUGAUUGAAUACUUCAAAAAGUAUCAGAAAAUUUUUUUUUCGUGUUUUAAAAAAUGUCCCUGCUGUGCUCAUAGGUGCUCUGGAGCACCAUUUCAAAACUCGCUUUUUUCUUCAAAAUACAAUGUUUUACAGUGCUUUCAACUACCCUGCAAAAUAUUUUGCCUAAAUUGACCCGGAAAGUAUUUUUAAAUCAUGAAAAACCUCGUGAGCGGGAGAGGGUUAAACUUAAUUUUUAAUGAGGGUGGUCAAUUUAUUUUUCAUUUGGGUUGGGACCGCCAACCAAUGAAAUGAAAUUUGUUGAGUUUUUGAAAAACCACAAUAAGUAUAAAUGCUAACAUUUAUUUUUCUGUUUAACACUUAAUACCUUACAAAGGUAGACCAAUUAUUUUGAGGGAAAUUUUCGAGGGUCAUGAAAUCAAAACUUUGAGCGUUUCGAGGCACUCUUAUGGAUGUAAUCGAUUGAGUUGAAAUUUUGCACCGGUUCUGUUUUGCCCAAUAAAAAAAUAUACAUGAUCGGUUUUUGGAAAUUGGCAUGCCUAUUUUUGCAGCCACCCUAAUGCCUAUCUACGUCAUUGACAUCAUGCAAUGGUUUGGCUCAAAUCAAAUAUUUUUUCAUAUUAUGUAAGGCAUUUCAUUUUGUUCACUGACCAGAUCUGCACUGGAAAUGGGAGUGACACUGAAGAAUAAUUUCAACUUCGGAAUCAGAAUCAAAUGGGAAAACCAAAACUUUUCGGCGGCUUUAAAUUUGUACACCUGACAAAAAAAGUCAACAUUUGUUUAAAAAACUGUUUGUACAAUGAAUGAAGUUGAAAUACAUUCUUCUCUAGCAUAUAUUUUGUCCAGCAGCUUUUGCAACAAUUUGUUAAUUGGCUACAUUGCGCUGAAGCAGAGUGGAAAUGUAAAUAAAAAGUCGUGAGAAGCAAACAUUCUCUUCGAAGAACUGCUUUGGAGUAUACAAAUAAACCGUAUGACUCAAGAUAAAUAAUUUCUCAACAGAAUAUUCUCAACAGGAUAUAGCUAGUCUCGAUUCACUUUAAAUUGAUAUUUUGUAACGAAUAUUAUUAUUUCCAUCGACUCAAAAUAUAAUAACGAUCCUUUUAAGGACAAUCGCAAAUAUCACUGAAAAGUUUGACGAAGAAGAAUUUGCGAGAUCCUACGUCAAAAACGCGGUUGUGUCUCAGAUACAACCCUCUAAAUUUUUAUCGAAAAUGUAAUGAAAAUUACAUAGCAAGGGUAAAAAUAAUCAGCAAUGUUCAAGAUAAUUUUUGUGAUAAUAUUGUUUUUUAUUAAAAUCAAAUUAUUCUCAAAACUUUUUCGCGUUCUUUUCGCAGUUGUUAUUCUUCUCUUUAAUAAAUUGUCAAAUAUGCAAAACCAAUCUUUUUUCGAAAGAAAAAAUAGUAGCCGAGUCCUCACUCAAACGAAAUGCUUCUAACUUUUUCAAUUCUUUACCGAUUUUGGAUCUUGGUUCAUCAAAAGAUUGGACUUUUUUAUUUUUUAGUAUUUGGGACCGACUGGAACCGACUGGAACGAAUUUGAGCCCAACUGAUUUUUUUCCGAAAUGGUCUUUCCUGAACAGAUUCCCGAUCCUGAACAUGAUCUUGGAAAUCCGGAACCAUAUAGGAACCACCGCCUUUUGGGUCCCGUAUACUGAAAAAAGACAAAUUGUCCAAUCUUUUGACGAGUCAAGAUCUAAAGUCGGUCAAGAAUUGCAAAAGUUAGUAGCAUUUUAUUUUGGUUGGUACAUUGCCGAGUUUUUAAACGAGGACAAUUUAGAAUUGCUUCACUGGGUAUUGCAUCACCCAGUUCAAAUAUCGCAGUGCCCCCGAAAUAGUUUACCAUUACUUGAAAUUUGGCAUAUCUGCGUGUUUUCGACGGCCUUUAACCGGCGGUCUUCAGAAAAGUUGUUCAAAAGAGGUUGCAUGCAGAAUCCUGAAACUACGUGACGCUACAGUGAACGCAAUUCUUCGCAUUUUGACUUUAACUUAACUCAUGGUUCCGGCUUCCAAGAAAGCUGCGGUCUUCAACAAAGUUGUUCAGAAGAUUGAUUUGCAAGCAAUUCUUCGUACUUUGGCCUUGACAUAUCUGGCGGUUCUUACUUCUAAGCAAAUCUAAGCGGUCUUGGGCCAGUGCCACCAGUCGUGACAAUUUCAACUGAAAAAUCUUGCAACUUCGUGGGUAUUGCUGAACGAUGGAUGACACCGUUAUCCACAUGAAAAAAAAAAGUUUGGAUCCUUCUGACAAUUAAAUGAAAGCCGAAUAAUCUAAAUAUGUAGUUAAAUUUUCGAGAUAAGUUUUGUUCAUAACACUCAUUACCAAACGCACACUAGCGUCACGUAACAGUCACAUUUUCAACCAAGCUGUCCAUGAACCAACAACCGAUGAUCUUCUAAACAAGUUUCCUGAAGACCGCAGCUUUCUAAGUUGUUGGAAUCACACGAUAAUUUUAAUUCAAAAUACAGUCAGGCUGUUUCUCAAAAUUCUUUACGCGAAUAUUCGCAUCGACGCGAGUAGGGGACCAAAAUCGUCUAAUUGUUUAGGGACCAUUCAUUAAUGAUGUCACGCGUU